UAUUAAAAUUAGAUCUUACCGCGAAAAAUUUCGCGGCUGAUGCAGGCUUUACUCGUCUGUGCUUUUAUUUCGAAGGCACAACCCCUCAUGUCCCGUGCUGCCUCGGUUAACUCACGCUGACUUGACGCAUCUCGCUGACACAGCGGCACUCCGAGAGGGAGAAAGAGAGAGAGGGAGAGAGAGAGUGCGCAUCCGAUGUGUCUUUUUCUGCACAUCACUUUGGAAAUUUGCGCUCGUGUAGUCCUGCUUGAAGCAGCGCUCACCUGCCGGGGCUGUGCGGCUGCGAGCGGCUGAGCAGCUGAUUUAACAGGAUAAUCAGACUAAUUGCCUCCUCUGAUAUUGCCCUUCAUUGAUCGUGUCGACCAUUCCCCUAAUCACUAUCGUGAUUUUCUUCAUUUUCCUCUUUCCUGCUGUUUGAAAGUGACCGGCUGCAGGUGUUUUUUUUUUGUUGUUUUUUUUUUUGGUUGUUUUUUUAUGCGAUCUGAUCCGCGCCAGUCAAGGCUGGCAAUAUGUAAUUUUGGGAUAGCCGCUGUGUUUUUUCUUUUUUUGGAGAAGUGGGACUAUUUCACAACUGGGAUUCCUUGUUUUUAAACCGUCGCUGCUUUACUCUGUAGACCUAAACAGAUUGUGAUACACCGUGAUGGUGUGGGGCUAUCAGAACUGACGGCAGAGUGUACGCUAUCAUCGGGAAACUGCUUGUGGGACUGGUUAAAAAAUGAAAGCUCCCAUUCCCCUUCUGAUCCUGCUUCAUGCCAUUGUGGUCCAUUGCCUGAAAGUGGUGUCAAAGAGAGGCUCAGUGGAAGGCUGCACAGAUUGGUCAGUGGACUACCUGAAAUACAAGGUGCUUCUGGGGGAACCUGUACGGAUUAAGUGUGCUUUAUUCUAUGGAUAUAUCCGGGCCAACUACACCCAUGCGCAGAGCGCGGGACUCAGCCUUAUGUGGUACAAAAGUGCAGGGCACGGGGACUUUGAGGAACCCAUCAGCUUUGACGGCACAAGGAUGAGCAAGGAGGAGGAUGCCAUAUGGUUUCGACCAGCAGAGUUGGACGAUGUGGGCUACUAUUCCUGUGUAUUAAGGAAUUCAACCUACUGCAUGAAGGUGUCCAUGUCUCUCACGGUGGCGGAGAACGACACAGACCUCUGCUACAACUCCAAAAUGAGGUUUUUUGAGAAGGCCGAGCUGAGCAAAAGUAAAGACAUUACCUGCCCAGGCAUUGAGGAUUAUAUACAGCCGGGAGUGGAGCCUGAGAUUGUGUGGUACAAGGAAUGCAAGCCAAAGCAGUGGAGACAAACCAUAGAAAGGAGGCGAGACACUCUGUCCAUCAAGGAAGUACGGGAAGACGACAUUGGGAAUUACACCUGUGAGUUGCAGUUUGGGAACUUUGUGGUGCGGAGGACGACUGAGCUAUCCGUCACAGCCCCACUGACAGACAAGCCGCCAAAAAUCCUUUUCCCUUCAGAGAGCCAAAUGAGCAUCAUUGAGAUGGCAAUAGGAAGUCCUGUCAACCUGACGUGCAGAGCGUUCUUCGGAUACAGCGGAGACGUCAGUCCGCUCAUCUACUGGAUGAAGGGGGAGAAGUUCAUCGAGGAUCUGGAUGAGGAGCGCGUUCAGGAGAGCGACAUCAAGACAAUCCGGGAACACCUGGGGGAACAGGAGGUUUCCAUCUCUCUGACCAUCGACUCUCUGGAGGAGAGUGACCUCGGCAACUACUCCUGCUACGUGGAGAACGGCAACGGGCGGAGACAAGCCAACAUUCAGCUCACCAAGAAAGCAGAGCUGAUGUACACGGUGGAGCUGGCCGGGGGUCUGGGCGCCAUCCUGAUGCUGCUGAUCUGUCUGGUGACGCUGUACAAGUGCUACAGGAUCGAGCUCAUGCUCUUCUACAGGAACCACUUUGGCAGUGAGGAUAUAGAUGGAGAUAACAAGGACUACGACGCUUACCUGUCCUACACCAAAGUGGACCCGGACCAGUGGAGCCAGGAGACCCGAGAGGAGGAGCGCUUUGCCCUGGAGAUCCUCCCCGACGUGCUGGAGAAGCAUUAUGGGUAUAAACUCUUCAUUCCAGACAGGGACUUGAUCCCCACAGGAAGUUUCACCAAUGAUCAUUUCCAGGAUGACACAAGACUACUUAGAGCCUACAUCGAGGACGUUGCGCGCUGUGUGGACCAGAGCAAGCGCCUCAUCAUCGUCAUGACGCCCAGCUAUGUCGUGCGGAGGGGGUGGAGCAUUUUUGAGCUGGAGACGCGGCUGCGCAACAUGCUGGUGACCGGCGAGAUCAAGGUCAUCCUGAUCGAGUGCGCCGAGCUGCGCGGCAUCAUGAACUAUCAGGAAGUGGAGGCCCUCAAACACACCAUCAAGAUGCUGACGGUCAUCAAGUGGCGCGGGCCGUCCAGCAACAAGCUCAACUCCAAGUUCUGGAAGCAGCUGCUCUACGAGAUGCCCUUCAAGCGCAUGGAGCCCCUGAGCAUCUCCCACGAGCAGGUGCUGGAUGUCAGCGAGCAGGGCCCCUUCGGCGAGCUCCAGACCGUCUCGGCCAUCUCCAUGGCAGCAGCCACCUCCACCGCCAUGGCGACGGCACACCCGGACUUGCGCUCGACCUUCCACAACUCUUGCCACACUCAGAUGAGGCAGAAACACUAUUACCGUAGCUACGACUACGACCUGCCGCCCGGCGGCACGCUCCCACCGCUCUCCACGCUAGGCAACCAGCACACCUACUGCAACAUCCCCAUGACGCUCAUCAACGGACAGCGGCCGCAGUCCAAGUCGCCGCGCCAGCAGAGUCUGGAGGAGGCCCACGGCAACAACGCCAUGCUGCCGCUGCUGCCCAGAGAGACCAGUAUAUCCAGCGUCAUCUGGUGACAGAGACGGUGCCGGGCAGGGUAGACUGGAUCUAUACGAUGUCCAUCACGAGAAGGACUCUGGCACUCGGGGCCCUGAACGCACCGGAGCCAGAUGAACCCGAAUGGCACUUCUUGGUUACUUGCUGCUGUUGAAUUUGCACCAGGAAACAACACCAAGGGGAGGGAGGGAGGACGGGGGCGUCAGACACACUGGACAAAUUGGUGAUGGAGAUGGUGGCAGAUUUUUUUUUGUUUGUUUGUUUGUUUUGGUCUAAUAAGAGCUUUUAUUGAAUCCCAACAACAAAAAAAGAAGCAAGGAGAACUUUUUUGUAUGCCUGUAUAAACACUCACGUAACACAAGCCAACACCUAUGAUAAUUUACCCAGAGAGUAAAGGAAUACAGGGUCCUGUACAUACGUUUUUCUAAUUCUUUGUAGCAUCAGUGUUUGGGACUUGUUUCUUCUUUAUGUUUUAUCAUCAGUUGGGACUCUUUUUUUUAUUUCUUUAGUUUCAGUUUGUACAAAAGUGAAGCAAUGGCCUGUGAGACGUGUUGGUUAAACCGUUGUUACCUUUA